AUGUUGUUCAAUCCACGCCUUAUUUUGGUAGCCAUUUUGGGCAUCUUAAUGCUAACCAUCGUCACAGCGGACCCAGCUGAGCAGAAAUGUGAAAAGCGUUCGGAUUGCGACAAAGACCAUUAUUGUUCGGAUAAUGUAUGCGUCGAGAAACUAGUCAUCAAUAUCUAUCGUGAAGUAACUACACCCAAACCGAAAGCUUAUCAACGGAAAUGGGCUAUUGCUCAAUAA